UGUGGCACUGAAAGAGGACAUGUUGAGAGAGAGAGACAUUUCCAAAGCAGUGAAAUUGAUAUGAAAGAACAACUCAGGAAUUGUAACGUGUGUGCCAUCCCAUGUUCAUGUUGUAUGCAUUCCAAGCAAAUGACAUCUACAAUGGGAAUAAACACUGAUGAAUUUUCUGAUGCCUGUAAGAGAAAGGAUGUUUGUCGGGGUUCUUCUGGUAAUGUUGAUAUGCUGUUGCCAUCUUUAUGUUAUGCAUGCAAUGGGAGGCAUCACACAAGCAGUGAGACAAGCAACCUAUUUAGUGCAUGCUCAAAUCUAGUGCAGGGGUUGAUGAAUCUGAUGUGGUUAAAGAUCCUCCGGAGUCACAGCCUGUUGACCAUAACAAGGUAUCUGAUUCUACAGAGAUUGAAGUAAGAAUUUGUGAUAUAUGUGGAGAUGCUGGUCGGGAGGACUUGCUUGCUAUCUGUAGCACUUGCAGUGAUGGAGCAGAACACAUCUAUUGCAUGCGUGAAAAACUGAACAAGAUUCCUGAAGGAGAUUGGAUGUGUGAAGAAUGCAUACUCAAUGAAGAAAACAAAAGGGACGUGCUACAGAAAUUUGAAAAAGCAGCAGCAAGAGUAUCAAGUCAACCUUCCUUGAAUACAGCAGCACAAAACUUUAGAAAUUCUAGUGCUUUGGAUGAUAAUAAUAGUUUGAAAUUGAAUAGCAGAGGUAAAGUUAAGUCUAGUCCUAACUUCUCCUCUAAGAGACCUUCAGGCAAUUUAGAAGCUAUCUCAGUGACUAAAAGAACAGUGUUUAAAAGUGUUGAACAAGAAGGAGUUUCCAAACCCUCUAGCAAAACUUGCCUGUAUUCUUCAUUCAAUAAGGAGAAUUUGAAGCAAACUCCUGAAGUGACUGCACAGGGUGACUGCUUUUCAAAAUAUACUUUCAGAACAGGCAAUAAAUCACAUGAAGCACGGCCAGAGUAUCGAAAGUCUCAUGGUAUUCUUUCAAAAUCAAAGUCAUUUAAGAUCAGUGAAUCGAAAGUGAAAGUUGAAAUGUCUGAAAGAGGUGUUCUGAAACAAAAUUUCGCAAGAGAAACUGCUAAUGGUAACAAUAAAGAGGUGAGAGUUGCUAGAAUGAUGAAGUCUAUGUCAUUUAGUAAUGCCAGCUCAGACCACAGAAAUGCUUCAGAUCCAAUAGUUGUACUGCGCUGUUCUGAAAUUUCCCACGGUGAGGAUAUGAAGAGAUUAAAGCUUGCCAAAAAACAGAGGUCAACUCAAACUGAGUGCACUUCGAGAUUUCAGAAUCCUAUUAUUAGCUUGCCUGUGGUUGACUCUGGUGUUUCUGCAUCAAUACCCAAUGAGAAGAUUGCUAAUUGUGGUGAAACUGUUGUACUACCCACUUAUGGAUCCAAUUCUCGAGAUCUGGUGGAUGUCCAGCAUCAUGUAAAAUCGAACAACUUAUCAAAAUCAGCCAGUUUCUUUAACACAGACUUUCCUAACGAAGAGAAAAACAGUAUUUUCAAUGAUGUUGGGCAGCGCAGUUUGCACUCUGCUGACAUGGCAGUGACUGUGGAAAGAAAUAAUUCUAAUACUACUCUUCAUUCCAACAAAAGCCCUUCAGCAAAAGUCUUACCUUGCUUUGCUUCUGUGGUGGCUAUUCCUUCUUGGAAUUCUUUUGUUCCACAGCUUAGUUACGUGUGGAAAGGUCAAUUUGAUAUCCAAGGAGGUGGAAGACUUCCAAGUUCUUGUGAUGGAAUUCAAGCACACGUCUCAACUUGCGCUUCAGCUAAAGUUCUUGAAGUAGUGCGCAAACUUCCUCAGAAGAUUCUUGUGGAGGAAGUGCCUCGCUCAAACAAUUGGCCAAUGCAGUUCCCGGAAAAUUACGCAACUGAAGAUAACAUUGCUCUCUACUUUUUUGCAAGUGAUGUUGAGAGCUAUGAAAGAAACUACAAAGAUUUGCUUGAUUGCAUGAUUAAGAAUGAUUCAAAUCUCAAAGGAAAUUUUGAUGGAGUUGAGCUAUUAAUAUUUCCGUCAAACCUGCUUCCUGAAAAAUCUCAGCGUUGGAAUAAACUGUUGUUUUUGUGGGGAGUAUGUAGAGGAAGGAGGAUUAACUGCUCAUCAGAAUCGCCAAUUCUGCAGAAUACUAUUUGUAUCUGUAGCAAGAAUGGAGAUCGACCAAACCAGAAGCAACAAUCGUGUGAUUUUCCCAUGUCUGUUACUCGGAAUUUAUGUUCCUGUGCAUGUUCUAGUGAAAGUUUAUCUGCAUCAAUUUCAUCAUGCAUAGAGCAACGAGGACCAAAAUCCUUUACCUUGCUAGAACAACUUUCUUCGGGAAGAAAAGCUGAGACUAGUGGGUCCAAAGUAUCCUUCACUGAGCACAAGGUUGUUAAUUUUAAAACUAGGCCGGACUGCCAACAGACAAGUUUUAACUGUCCGAAAAAUCAUCUAUCCAGAGAUGUGCCCGACACUGUCUCAUGCAAGAGAGAAGAAAGAGAUUCCAAGAGAAGACAGAUGGUUGACCUCACUCUUCAAACAGGUAGAGAAUGUAUCCGGAUUGACGAAGAACUGAAAUAUAAGAGGUUAAAAAGCUGUUUCGGAGAAGCGGGUGAAUUCAAUACUGAAUCCGGGGACAUAAAGUAUUCGGGCAAGACAAUUUCUACCAAAGGAAAUGGGGUUGCUCCAAGUCUUGAAGGUGUAAAUCUGGAGCUAAAUUUAGGAAUUGAAAACAUUGGUGCAGCAGAACAAAGAGGCAGGCAAUCCAAAUCGGUGAGAAAUUUCGAUGUAAAAGAUGAGAAAUGUGAAUGCUCAGUGCCUCUGUCUCUUACUCUUGGCUUAACUGAAUGCAAUGAUGUCAACACCUCAUUGUGUUUGUAGUGAGUCUUAGUUGCAGAAUAAUCCUUCGUAAAUAGUAGUUACUCAACAUAGAUACUGUGAUGUAUACUAGAUCAUUAAUAAUGAUCUUGACCCAGUUUUAGAGCGGAAAUUAGUUUUCUUUUUGUUUAUUUUAUUGAUAGGAAACUGAAAUUUGGGUUGUAAGAAAAUAAACGUACAAAAGGUGCACAGGUAGCCUAUAGGCCAACUAAAAAUCCAAAAAUUAAUAGAAUAUAUUACGCUUUUUAAGUGAA